CAAGAUGGCGGAGGAUAAAGACCGAGAAGAGAUAAUUGUAGCAGAAUUUCACAAAAAAAUCAAAGAGGCAUUUGAAGUGUUUGACCAUGAGUUGAAUAACACGGUGGAUGUGAGAGAGAUCGGGACGAUUAUCAGAUCCUUGGGGUGCUGCCCCAGUGAAGGGGAGCUGCAAGACCUCAUUGCAGAGGUAGAGGAAGAAGAACCCACUGGAUACAUUCGCUUUGAGAAGUUUCUUCCAGUGAUGACCAAAGUGCUUCUGGAGAGAAGAUACAGGCCGGUGCCGGAGGACAUCCUUCUGCGAGCUUUCGAGGCGCUAGAUUCCGCGAAACGUGGAUUUCUUACCAAGGAAGAACUGAUCAAGUAUAUGACUGAAGAAGGUGAGCCUUUUUCUCAAGAGGAAAUGGAAGAAAUGUUAUCUGCUGCAAUUGAUCCAGAAUCAAAUUCAAUGAAUUACAAGGACUACAUAACAAUGAUGGUGAUAGAUGAAUCUUAAGUCUUUUGAAGACUUCCCAUCUGAUCAACAGGAUUGCUUGUCUUUGCUAAUUUUACAUUUUAUAUCUUAUAUAAAAUGCCUGGUGUUAACAGUUCUAGGACUUUUUUUGUUUUUAAAUAUGAUCGGGCCGAUUUUUACCAAAUUUAGUUGGUAUGAUCAAGCCUUACGAAAUGACAGUUAUUUUAAGACAAAUCUUAAAACAUUCUAACACUAAAAUGGAUUGUUUGAAAUUACUGUUCUCUCUUCU